UGCACCAGAAGAGCGUCUCCAGCGCACGCCGUAUGUGUGCACCAUUACUUCACCAGUAUUUCUGGCAGGCAGAUCUAGGGACCUGGGGGAUAUUGGAACCCUCUCCUCGUUCAUUCGCACCCACUCUCCUCCCCACACACCCUGUCGUAGCAGUACAGAAAGCCAACAGUCAGACAGCUGUCGACCUGCGGCUUGAGUCGCGGCGCUACAUCACCGAUGCCUCGAGAAUCCGUCAGCUCCCCCGCGCGCGGACGCACAGCGACUAUGUGAAGCAGUGACCGCGAGAAUGGACCAAAGGAACUACUUCGCCGUUCUGCUGCUUGUUUUUCAUCUUCAACUCACAUUUGGGGAGUUCUUUCCAGGCAGCUGUUCGUUUGAAGAGCACUACAGUAAUUGUGGCUACAGCGUGGCGUUGGGGACUAAUGGCUUCGCCUGGGAGCAAGUCAACACCUGGGAGAGACCCUCCAUGGACGCGGCCGUUCCCACAGGUUCCUUCAUGAUGGUGAAUGCUUCGGGUCGUGCAUCAGGGCAGAAGGCCCACCUGCUCCUGCCCACGCUAAAAGAGAACGACACCCACUGCAUAGACUUCCACUACUCCUUGUCCAGCCGGGAUGGGACGAGUCCCGGAACCCUCAAUGUCUAUAUAAAAGUGGACGGUGGGCCACAGGGGAAUCCCAUCUGGAAUGCCUCAGCACCCGUCACGGAAGGCUGGGUGAAGGCUGAACUCGCCAUCAGCACCUUUUGGCCCAACUCCUAUCAGGUUAUUUUCGAGGCAGUAUCUGUACAAGGGCAUCCAGGGUUCAUCGCAGUGGAUGAGAUACACGUUUUGGCCCACCCUUGCCGUAAGACACCACAUUUUCUGCGGCUGCAGAAUGUCGAGGUGAACGUGGGACAGAACGCCACCUUCCAGUGUAUUGCUGGAGGCAAAUGGUCACAACAUGACAAACUCUGGCUACAGCAAUGGAAUGGUAAAGACACAUCUCUCAUGGUAACCCGAGUGGUGAACCAUCGGCGCUUCUCCGCCACCGUUAGCGUAACGGAUACGUCACAGCGCAGCACCAGCCGUUACCGCUGCGUCAUUCGUUCUGAUGGAGGAUCUGGAGUGUCCAACUAUGCUGAACUCAGCGUCAAAGCGCCCCCCACACCAAUCGCUCCACCUGAGCUUCUCGCAGUUGGUGCCACCUACUUGUGGAUCAAACCAAAUGCCAACUCCAUCAUCGGCGACGGCCCCAUCAUGCUGAAAGAGGUGGAGUACCGCACCACCACUGGAAACUGGGCCGAGACGCACAUCGUGGAUGCGCCAACCUACAAGCUCUGGCAUUUGGACCCGGAUGUGGAGUAUGAGAUUAAGGUUCUUCUGACCCGACCUGGGGAGGGUGGCACUGGACCACCGGGACCACCCCUCAUCACUCGGACCAAAUGUGCUGAUCCAGUCAACAGUCCCCAGAACGUGAACGUGGUGGACAUCCGCGCCCGUCAGCUGACCCUGCAGUGGGAGACUUUCGGAUACGCCGUGACACGCUGCCACAGCUUCAACCUGACCGUACAGUACCAGUAUGUGUUCAACCAGCAGGAGUUUGCUGCUGAGGAGCUGAUUCCCACCUCCUCUCAUUACACUCUGAGGGGACUCAGGCCUUUCGUGACGGUCAGACUACGGCUGGUGCUGGCCAACGCUGAGGGCAGCAAGGAGAGUGAGGAGAUCGUCAAACAGACGGAGGAAGAUGUUCCUGGCCCCAUUCCUAUGGAGUCCAUUCAGACAGGCCCAUACGAGGAGAAGAUCUUCAUGCAAUGGAAGGCUCCGAAUGAAACUAAUGGAGUCAUUACACUCUAUGAGAUCACCUAUAAGGCUCUUGGCUCCCUGGACCCCAGUGCAGAUUUGACAACACAACGUGGCCGUGUCUUCAAACUCCAAAAUGAGACCCAUCAUCUCUUCGUAGGAUUGUAUCCUGGCACCACAUACUACUUUACUCUGAAAGCCAGUACAAAUAAAGGCUUCGGCCCCCCUGUGACCAGCCGUAUUGCCACCAAAAUCGCAGCUCCAUCCAUGCCUGAAUACGAGACCGACGCUCCUCUCAACGAGACAGACACGACAAUCACUGUCCUCUUAAAACCUGCCCAAUCACGAGGGGCCCCUGUCAGUGCUUAUCAAGUGGUGGUUCAAGAGGAACGGAAGCAGAAAGUUCGCAGAGCCACUGAUGUGUUGGAGUGUUUCUCCGUUCCUGUUAGUUUCAGAAAUGCCUCCAUCUUGAAUUCACCUCACUAUUUUGCGGCCGAACUCCCCCCUGUUAGCCUUGCUGUAGUACAGCCCUUUACUAUAGGAGACAACAAGACUUAUAAUGGCUACUGGAACGCACCGCUGUCACCAGCCAAAAGCUACAGCAUUUACUUUCAGGCCCUGAGCAAAGCCAAUGGGGAAACCAAAAUCAACUGUGUGCGACUGGCUACCAAAGGUGCAUCUACCCAGAAUGCCAAUGACAUAGAGCCUGAAAAACAGGUGGACAGCACUGUAAAGAUGGCAGGCGUCAUUGCGGGAAUCCUCAUGUUUGUCAUCAUUCUCCUGGGCGUUCUCCUCACCUUCAAACGCAGAAGAAAUGCGUAUUCCUACUCUUAUUACCUGAAACUAGCUAAAAAACAGAAGGAGACAGCCAGCAGCAGCACGCAGAGAGAGAUGGGACCCGUAGGCACAGCGGAUAAAAGCACAGGAAAAGUCAGCACCUUACACAAGGACGAUCCGUUCUCCACCAGCAACCAGGACCUCAACGGAUUCUAUGGCAGCCACAGUGAGAUGUCCCAGCCCUCAAUGACCAUCCAGACGUAUCCAUAUGGAGGCUGUGAGUCAGUGGAAAUGUCCUACCAGGCCGGCCAGUUCCAACCGGCCAUCAGAGUGGCAGACUUGCUCCAGCACAUCACUCAGAUGAAGUGUGGGCAGGGUUACGGCUUUAAAGAGGAGUACGAGUUUGACCCCACAGACGAUCACACUCGUGUCCGGCUGCAACUGCUGGAGGGAGACCCCCACUCUGACUACAUAAACGCCAACUACAUAGAUGGCUACCACAGACCAAGGCACUACAUAGCCACACAAGGCCCCAUGCAGGAAACCGUGAGGGAUUUCUGGAGGAUGAUUUGGCAAGAGAAUUCUGCCAGUAUCGUCAUGGUAACCAACCUGGUGGAAGUGGGCAGGGUGAAAUGCGUCCGGUAUUGGCCUGAUGAGACCGAGGUGUACGGCGACAUCAAAGUGACGCUGAUUGAAACGGAGCCUCUUGCAGAAUACGUGAUCAGGACUUUUACUGUUCAGAAGAAGGGUCACCAUGAGAUUCGGGAAAUCCGGCAGUUCCAUUUCACCAGCUGGCCCGAUCACGGCGUUCCCUGCUACGCCACAGGCCUGCUGGGCUUCAUCCGCCAGGUCAAGUUCCUCAAUCCUCCAGACGCAGGACCCAUCGUGGUACACUGCAGUGCUGGUGCUGGAAGAACAGGCUGUUUCAUUGCAGUGGACAUUAUGUUGGACAUGGCAGAGAGUGAAGGUGUGGUGGACAUCUUUAACUGCAUCAGAGAGCUGCGCUCGCAGAGAGUCAACAUGGUCCAGACGGAGGAGCAGUAUGUGUUUGUGCAUGAUGCCAUUCUGGAAGCGUGUUUGUGUGGGAACACGGCUAUCCCAGUGUGUGAAUUCAGAGCCAUCUACUACAACAUCAGCAGACUGGACCCUCAGACCAACUCCAGCCAGAUCAAAGAUGAGUUUCAGACUCUGAAUAUAGUGACACCGCGUGUCCGUCCGGAGGACUGCAGCGUAGGUCUGCUCCCGCGUAACCACGAUAAGAACCGCAGCAUGGACGUCCUCGCAGUGGACCGCUGCCUGCCUUUCCUCAUUUCUGUUGACGGCGAGUCCAGCAAUUACAUCAAUGCAGCACUGAUGGAUAGCCACAAACAGCCGGCGGCUUUCAUUGUAACGCAGCACCCUCUGCCCAACACCGUGGCCGACUUCUGGAGGCUAGUGUUUGACUACAACUGCUCCACUAUUGUGAUGCUGAAUGAAAUGGAUGCUGCACAGCUCUGCAUGCAGUACUGGCCAGAGAAAGGCUCCUGCUGCUACGGCCCCAUUCAGGUUGAAUUCAUCUCCGCUGACAUUGACGAGGACAUUAUCAAUCGCAUUUUUAGGAUCUGCAACAUGGCACGGCUUCAAGACGGCUACCGGCUGGUCCAGCAUUUCCAAUAUAUUGGUUGGCCGGCGUACAGAGACACGCCGCUGUCCAAACGCUCCAUUCUGCAGCUGGUCAGACGGCUGGCUAAGUGGCAGGAGCAGUAUGACGGAGGAGACGGACGCACGGUGGUCCACUGUCUGACUGGUGGAGGACGCAGCGGGACGUUUUGUGCCAUCUGUAGCAUCUGUGAGAUGAUCCAGCAGCAGAACAUCGUGGACGUGUUCCACACAGUAAAGACGCUGAGGAACAACAAAGCCAACAUGGUGGAGACAAUGGAGCAGUACAAAUUCUGUUAUGAGGUGGCUCUGGAGAGCUUGAAUGCCUUCUGAACGUUCGAGAGGUGAAAAAGGGAGAAAAACAAGCAAAGCAAUCUUCUCUGCUUCCUCAGAAUGACAUCUCAUCUCAUCACAGACUCAUCGUGCAGUCGUUCCUCUGAGCUUCUGUGAACAGGAUACUAAAGUUCAACCCUUCGCUGUAAAAUACUGUAUAAAUGAAACAAAACGUUAUUUGCCAUUUCUUUCUUCUUCUGUCAAUGUCCAGCAUCAGAGCGUGUAUCCUGGACCGUGAAGUGAUCUUGUACAGUCCUAUUCCUUUUUAGCUAUACGCCUUGAAUGUUCCCCUUCAAUGUAAAGAACAACGGUUAAAAAAAAGCUUCUUUCUACAUGCCAGCUGGGAAUAACCAAAUAGACUUUCCCUGCGCUCUGUACAGAUUUAAAGAAAAUC